AUGCCACUUUUCAGUAGCCUGUCUUCUUGGAUCAGUGCCAGCAGCAGUCGUCAUGAUCGUAUCCUUACCAUGGAUACGGCCCUCAAAGCAGUGGCUGGCAUUACGGCUUGUGCAGGCACCUAUUACAUCUUACGCCAAUUAACAAGCAGCAGCAGCAGCCGUAAAAAGUACGCAGGACUCAAAAAGAUCCCUGAACCCAAGGGUGCUUACCCUUAUCUCGGACACUUGCUCUCUAUUGGAGAUGAUGUAGGCGCAAAGUUUACUGAAUGGCAAGAACAAGUGGGUCCUGUAAUGCAGGUCCGAUUGGGCGUGAUGAAAUGGAUCGUCGUCAGUGAUCCUGUGUUUGCAUACGACUUGUUUUGCAUCAAAGGAGCCGUCGCUUCAAGCCGACCCGUUAAUGCAUUCGUAUACGAGUAUUAUGCAAUGGGUGGAAAGGGAUUGGUCUUUGCACCUACAGGCAAAAGUUGGAGGAAUACACGUAAAGCAGUGGUUUCGGUGCUGGCACCACCCAUGGUUGACAAGUUUAUGCCGAUGCUCGAAAAGGAAGCCGACUAUCUCAUUGAGCGACUUGCCGCUGAUCCCAAUGGCAUCGAUCCUCGUCAGGCACUUCAAGUGAUGACCAUGAAUGCCGUAUUGUUGACAUGCUUUGGUGUACGUGCCACAUCCGUGGAUGAUCCAUUGUUUCAAGAAAUUGCCAAUUACGUUGACGAGUCGCUCGCCGUGGGUGGGUUACAGGGUGAUGUGACCGAAUUUUUGCCCAUUCUCAAGUUUUUCGACAAGUUUGGACAACGCACAAAGAAACGCAAAGUGCAACUUGCAUUGCUUGAAAAGCGAAAUGCUAUCUUUGAGCGGUUGAUCAAGCAAGCCCUCGAUUCGAAAAAGGAUUGCUUUGUUCGCCAUUUUUACAACAUUUUGGAGGAGCAUGAAUUAGACGAUAGGGAUGUCGUUGUCACCAUGAGUGAUAUGAUUAUUGCUGGUACAGAUACGACCUCUGUUUCACUCGUAUGGCUCUUUGCUAUCCUUGCUCAUCAUCCCGAAGUACAAAAACGGAUCCAAGCUGAAAUUGAUAUCUUUGUUCAAGACCAUGGUAGACUCCCAUCCUUUGCCGAGCGUCGUGAGUUGCCCUAUCUUAUCUCUGUGCAAAAGGAAGGGAUGCGUUUUCGAUCACCAUCCGUAUUUGGCAUGUCACAUGUGGUAGAAGAAGAUGUCGAAUGCCAGGGUUACUUGAUCCCCAAAGGAACGCCUGUAUUUCCCAACAUGCUGGGCAUGCAUCAUAACCCCAAUGUGUUCUCAGAGCCAGAAAAGUUUAUUCCUGAAAGGUUUAUUGAAAACACUUCUACCAUGACAACAUCAGCCAAUGGACGUCUUGAAAACCGAGAUCAUUUCAAUUUUGGAUGGGGCCGACGUGUGUGCCCUGGUAUCUAUCUGUCUGAAGUCGAGAUGUUUGUGGCAAUGGUACGCCUUUUAUCCAAGUACACCAUUGAGCCAUCAUUGGAUGCCGCUGGCAAGCCUGUGUAUCCCGAUAUCCAUUCGCGUGUCAGUGGAGGUCUCAUUGUGCUUCCUCAAUCAUACAAGGUGCGAUUCAUCCCUCGUACUGCAGAUGCAGCUCUAUAA